AUGUCAGCUCAAUCUGAAGGAAAUUAUGCAGAAGCUUUACAGAAUUAUUAUGAGGCUAUGCGACUGGAAAUAGAUCCCUAUGAUCGAAGUUAUAUACUUUAUAACAUAGGCCUUAUUCACACAAGUAACGGAGAACAUACUAAAGCUUUGGAAUAUUAUUUUCGAGCGCUCGAACGAAACCCAUUCUUACCCCAAGCUUUGAAUAAUAUGGCCGUGAUCUGUCAUUACGCCAUUCGACAGGGAGACUCAGAAGUUGCGGAGUCUUGGUUUAAUCAAGCCGCUGAAUACUGGAAACAAGCUAUAGCCCUUACCCCCGGUAAUUAUAUUGCAGCACAGAAUUGGUUGAAGAUCACAGGGCGUUUUGAAUAA